UCUGUCUCGUCCUUUAGUAUCUUCUCUCUCGCUAAUUAUUAUACGUUUCUACCGCUCGCUCUGUCGCUCCCACUCUCUCGCUCUAGAAAUUUCCGUGGCGUAGAUUUGGGGUGGGUAGUAGGAAGAGUGAUUGGUCGGUGGGGUUGAUGGCGACGGCGGUGGCAGGGGCCGCGACUGCCGCGGCGGCCGCGGUGGUGCCGGAAGUGUACGCCAGGGACGCGAUGAUCGCGUGGUUCCGCGGAGAGUUCGCGGCGGCGAACGCGAUCAUCGACGCGCUGUGCAGCCACCUGGCGCAGAUCGGAGGGGCGGCGGAGUACGAGGCGGUGUUCGCCGCCGUACACCGGCGGCGACUCAACUGGAUCCCGGUGCUCCACAUGCAGAAGUACUACUCGAUCGCUGACGUCGCCGCCGAGCUCCGUGUAGUCGCGGCCAACCGCGAGGUGGCCUCUUUCGCCUCCGCGGCCGAGGAUCCGACGGAGGCGAAGCAGCUGGUGACGACGCCAGAGGAGGAUAAGCCGGUGGAGAGCGGCGGUGCUCAAGCGGAGGAGGAACAUGCUGCUUCAGAGGAAUCAGUGGUAGACGGCGUUGGCAUCGCAGUUGAAGAGGAAGCGGCGGCGGAGGAAGAACCUGCUGCUGCAGAGGCGGUGGCGGACGACGGCGUUCAGGUUGUCGUAGUGGAGGAAGCGGCGGCGGACGAGGUUUCUUCCGGUGAUUCUUCGGAUCACAAGGGUACCGAAGGGGGCGACGCCAAGGGAGGAUCUCAAGAGGAACAUCAGGAGGGACAAAUUUCAUUCAACGAGGUCAAUAUUUGUGUGGGUCAUGAAGAUUGCUUGGCACGUCCCGAACGGAUCAAGAUCUUAAAAGGUUUUGUGGCCAAGGAGUCAGUGAAGGGGCAUAUGGUUAAUGUUGUUAAGGGCCUUAAAUUGUACGAGGACAUUUUCACAAACUCAGAGCUUCUCACUCUUGCUGACUACAUUAAUGAACUACGUCUUGCUGGACGCGGCGGAGAACUUUCGGGAGAAACAUUUAUUUUCUUCAACAAACAAAUGAAAGGGAAUAAGAGAGAGAUCAUUCAACUUGGUGUCCCAUUAUUCCAAUCGACUACUAAGGAGGCAGCAAGUAAUAUCGAACCGAUUCCGACUGCUCUGCAAACUGUAAUUGAUCACUUGGUUCAGUGGCGCUUAAUUCCAGAAAGUAGGAAGCCCAACAGUUGCAUAAUCAACUUCUUUGAUGAGGAUGAGCAUUCACAGCCAUACUUCAAACCUCCACAUUUGGACAAUCCCAUUUCCACGCUUCUUCUAUCUGACACUACAAUGGCUUUUGGACGCUCUCUUGUCAGUGAUCAUGAAGGAAACUACAAGGGCCCUCUAACAUUAUCGAUAAACGAAGGAUCGCUCCUCGUUAUGCGUGGCAACAGCGCAGACAUGGCGAGGCACGUCGUGUGCGCGUCACCAAAUCGGAGGAUCAUCAUCACAUUCGUGAAGGUCAGAGCUGCCAGUCACCCGACAGAUUCACCGACGGCGCUGCAGCAGCCGACCAAAACCAUGGCUCUUUGGCAACCUGCACAGAAAGUAGCCACCACCGGAGUCAUCGCCUGCGGGCCUCAUGCGAUGAUCCCGGCUGCAUGGGGACUCGCUCUCCGCAGUCCCGUCGUCAUGCUACCACCACCCAGAGCCAUGGUCAUGAGCCCCAACAAGAAGGCGCCUCGCGGCGGCACCGGUGUGUUUUUACCCUGGACUGUCGGCCCCAAGAAGUACACUAGGCAUCUUCCCCCUCGCAUCCAGAAGAGGAGGUUACCGUCAUUGCCAUCUCCGCUAGAAGUGCGAGCGUAGAUCACAGUAGCAGCUUUUGAGGUGCCUUCUCUUUGUCGUGCCUUGUGAUGCAGUACUGAGUGGAUGUGGGUUGUUAUGGUCGUGAAGAAGAUGGUGGAGAGGGGAUUUAUUGUCGAUAAGUUAUGUUUCCGUCGGCGUGGUUGUCUCUCUCUUUAAAGUUUCUAGGGUAGCAGAGGUAGCGAAGUGCUUGAAUCCACCCUACUGGGCAUGUUAGAAUUUUGUAAUAUUUAUGUUAAGAGUUAUCUUCAACGGUAGAUUUACGCUGAA